CAACGAAACAACCGCAUUUUCUUCCUUAAUCCUUUUGUUUUUCAUUGUUUCAAAAAACACCAAACACUCUCAUGAGAGAAUAAAUCACACACUCUGGUUCCCACCAUCAAAUUCAACACCCAUGAACUGUAACCAUGCCACUUUCCUUUUGGUUUCAUUGCCACCACCACCACCACUGCUUUUCCCAAAAUUCCAUUAUCCAGUGCCAAAGAAAACUCUUUUAACACUAAACCUGAAGAGAAAUCCAAUUCUAAGAAUCAAAGCUUCAAAAGAUGAUAAUGGUCAAUCACCAAAUUGGUCUAAGUGGAUUCCCACCGGCUCUUUUGCUGCUGACAAAGUUUUCAGAUUGAUUUCAAGUGCUACUGCUAGUCCCAUUGGACAGUUUGUUUCUUCCCCCACCACUUUUCUUCACUCUAUUGAUCCACGAGUUAAAUUGGUAUGGCUUUUAGUUCUGGUUGUUCUACCGGCAAGGUCGCAUAUAAUUAUGCGAUUUGGAUUAGUAGCAUACUUGACUUUACUUUCAAUUUGGAUUCUACCAAGAAAUGCUUGGAAGGAUCAAUUGGGUCGUGUUUAUUUUCUGUCGGCAUUGUUAUUCAUAACAAUAGGACUGGGUUCAGAUGGUGUGCCUGCACUUGUUCAGUCAAGAACUCCACCACCUGCAGUGUCUGGGCUUCCAAAUCUUCCUAUAUCUUUAACAGGUUAUUCAUAUGUAAUCUCAAAGUUAGGUCCAUUAACCUUUACGAGGAAAGGAUUAUCUGUAGGAAGCACUGUUGCAUGUUUGACUUUUACAGUAUUUCAAAGUGCAAGUCUCUGCCUCACAACCACAACACCUGAACAACUAGCAUCUGCAUUGCGAUGGUUCAUGCUUCCUCUGAGAUACAUAGGCGUAUCUGUAUCAGAAAUCGUGCUUACCCUUUUACUGUCAUUGAGAUUCAUCAGUCUAGUUUUUGAUGAGGUCCGGAACAUUGCAUUGGGAAUUGUAUCCCGUAGAGUAAAUUGGAAACAACUGACUGUUAUGGAGACAAUUGAUAUUUUCUUUAACUACUUCCGUCGCAUCUUCAAAAAUAUUUUCAGCCAUGCAGAGCAAAUUUCCCAGGCUAUGAUAGCCAGAGGUUUUAAAGGGGACGUCGACAAUCACAAAAUUUAUUUCUUGUCAGAAUCAUCUUUUGGGAUGGCAGAUAUUGUAUGUUUGUUGAACUUAACAGUUGUCAUAGGAGCUUCUCUCCUGUCUGAGUACUACCUUGUCUAAUGAGAGAGAUAAGCCACUUUUAGCACUGGUUUUGGAUGAAAAACCUAAUUAGAAACUUUCUUAAUGGGUUCUGUAAAUGAGUUGCUUCAAAGUUGAAAACAGAUGUUUGGAUUAUUUGCUUUCAUAAGUCAGAUGAGUCAUUGUAGCUAUAUACACAAUUUGUGGGAAAAGGUUGUUUUCAUAACAAGUAUCCACGUCCUUUUUUGAUCUGGCGCAAGUGGCUGAUGCGCAAUAUGUGAGUGUUGUAAAUUCGGGAUACUGAGUUAAUGAUAAAAGAAAAAGCAGUGAUAAAGGAUAUUACUGCCGGUGAAGGUUGUUACUGUCACAAGUGUGGUCUAUUUGAACUCUUGUAACAUUGCAAAUAGUAGACCCGAGAGCUGUAUUGAAUUAAUAAAAUUAAUAAAUACCUGAAUUAUUGUUCAAGUUGAUGACUUGUAUAAAUCAAUACUUUGUUAUAUUUGUAUAUUUUAUGUAAACAAUGUGUGUUUGGCCCCCUCUU